UCCAAGUGCGAGUUCUCUGAAUCCAUCUCUUUCUUUCUCCUUCGUAAUCUCUCUCUCUCUCUCUCACUCUCUUACCAUGGCCUCCACUUGGAGGGCCCUGAAACCCCGCCGGAAGAUCCCCUUCAUCCAGAGGAACCCUGCGGCCGGGAAUUUGAACAUGGAGCCAUCAAUCCCAACCCAUUUCCGCUGCCCAAUAUCGCUUGACCUUAUGAGGGAUCCGGUGACGGUGUCCACCGGAAUCACCUACGACCGACAGAGCAUCGAGACAUGGUUCGAGCUUGGGAGACAGACAUGCCCGGUCACCUACAAGGUGCUAACGACCGAAGACCUCAUACCCAACCACUCCCUAAGGAGGAUGAUACAAGAUUGGUGUGCCUCAAAUCGCUCAUCAGGCAUCGAAAGAAUCCCCACACCGCGGAUCCCGGUGGCUCCGACCCAGGUAUCGGAGCCGCUAUCAGAGAUCGCUUCAGCUAGCGCGAGAGGAGAUCAUGUCCGGUGCCAAGAAUUGGUGGCAAAGAUCAAAGCUUUGGGGAGGGAGAGCGAGCGGAAUCGGAGGUGCAUCAUCUCGGGUGGUGCUGUCCAUAUUCUGUCAGCCUCUUUCAGUGAAUUGGCUGCAGGAUCUUUUGAUAGCUCAACCUCAGGGGUAUUGGAGGAGCUCCUGUCAGCGCUGACUGCUUUCUCUCCUCUUGAUAAGGAGGCUCACAGGCACAUUGGAUCACCCGAAUCUCUUAAAUCCUUGGUCUCGAUCCUAAAAUGUGGAGAUUUGGCAGGAAGGCUUAAUGCUGCCUUGAUGCUAAAAGAUCUCGUAUCUUCGUUGGAUAUUGACCGUGUCAAUCUGGUGGCAGAGACCUAUGGAUUGAUCGAAGCACUGGUCAAACUUAUCGAGCAACCUGUUUCACCUCAAGCCACAAAAGCCUCUUUGGUGGCCACCUUCUAUUUGGUUUCCUCAAGCGAGAUCACUGCAACGAAGUUUGCGGAGAUGGGGUUGGUCUCCCUGCUUCUAGAGAUCCUCGUUGAUUCAGAUAAGAGCAUGGUCGAGAAGGCUUUGGCUGUCCUUGAUGGAGUUCUUAACUGCAAGAAAGGCAGAGAGACAGCUUAUGAUCAUUCGCUCGCCAUGCCCGUCUUGGUUAAGAAGCUGCUUCGUGUUUCAGACAUGGCAACCGAGUUUGCCGUCUCGGCGCUGUGGAAGCUCUGCAAGAAUUGUAAGCAGGAAAGAGGGGAGAUAGCAGGGGAAGAGUGCUUGGUGGAGACUCUCCAAGUGGGGGCAUUUCAGAAGCUAUUGCUCCUGUUGCAGGUGGGAUGCAGUGGUGCAACCAAGGUGAAGGCAAGCGAUUUACUGAAGCUUUUGAAUGGCGCGAGGAGGAUGGGGGACUGCAUUGGAACUGCGGAUUUUAGGGGACUAAAGAGAUCCUUCUAAUUGUUCAGAUGAUUGAACAGUAGGAAAAGAGAGAACAUAUAAAACUUUAGAUUUUGUGAAUAUUCAGUGUACAGAGAUAUGAAGAUUCUUUUGUUAGGAAAUACAAAUUGAUUCAUUAUUUACUACAAAGUAAAUGGUU